UCUACUUGUCGAUUCGACGUUCGUGUUGUUGUUUUGAAGCUCAAUACCAUUGGCAUUUAUGGUCUGUGUGAUUUACGUUAUGCAAUACUUUACGCACGAUCCACAAUCGAUUUCGAGGAAAGAACAGCUCAGUAGCCACAUAAGCAUUGAGUGAGGUUUUCUUUCGAAUUCUUGGUUGUUUUGAUUGCACUGCGCGUACAUUAGUUUUGCUGUGACGUAAUGUUGCAACAUGUGGCUUACAAUUUCUUCACUAGUGGAACUACCCUCAGAACACGUGUGGACAUUUUACCAAUCUAACUUUGAGAAUUACGAUGUUUGGAAAGAAUCUGCCAAAGGACGAAAUCGAGGAGCCCCUGCUUCAGAAAAAUCCUAACAGGUUUGUUUUAUUUCCCGUAAAAUUUCCUGACAUCUGGGAUUUCUACAAGAAAUCCGUCGCCUCAUUUUGGACAGUCGAAGAGGUCGACCUCGGACUCGAUAUGUACGACUGGAAGAAGCUGAAUACCCAAGAAAAAGAAUUUAUAUCUCAUGUUCUGGCAUUCUUCGCCGCGAGUGAUGGCAUUGUUGGGGAAAAUUUAGUUGAAAGAUUUUACCAGGAGAUACAAGUUCCUGAGGCGAGAUGUUUCUAUGGAUUUCAAAUUGCAAUGGAGAACGUUCACUCAGAAAUGUACUGUCUAUUGAUUGACACUUACAUUAAGGACCGAGAUGAAAAACAAAAACUCUUCAGUGCUAUUGAAACGUUCCCAUGUGUGAAGAAGAAAGCCGAGUGGGCAUUUAAAUGGAUGGAUAAGAACUCUACUGCAACUUUUGGGGAAAGAAUUGUGGCUUUUGCUGCUGUAGAGGGAAUCUUCUUUUCUGGGGCUUUUGCAUCUAUUUUCUGGAUUAAAAAAAGGGGCUUAAUGCCUGGACUUACCUUCUCUAAUGAGUUGAUAUCAAGAGAUGAAGGACUUCAUUGUGAUUUUGCAUGCUUAAUUUUUUCACAUUUGAGGCAAAAGCCAGGUGAAGAUCGUGUUGGUGAGAUUUUAAGUGAGGCAGUGACCAUAGAGAAAGAAUUUUGGAUAAGAGCCUUACCUUGUCACCUUUUAGGAAUCAACUGUAACCUAAUGGGAAAGUACAUAGAGUUUGUAGCUGAUAGGCUUUUGGUUGCAUUAGGAUUAAAAAAACAUUACAAAACGGCAAAUCCUUUUCCAUUUAUGGAAAACAUUUCAUUGGAAGGGAAAACUAAUUUUUAUGAACGUAGAGUUGGUGAAUACCAGAAGAAUGGUGUAAUGAAUGACAGAAUGGAUAAUUAUGUGUUCACUCUUGAUGCUGAUUUUUAGUAAGAGAGAUAUUUAAUUUGAUAUUUAAUUUAAUAUUUAAUUUAAUGAUUAAUGUAGGUUUGUUUUUAAACCUUAGCAAUUUGCUUUUACAUUAAACCAGUGUGAUAUUA